UUGGGUCGCGCAGCACGGCUAGGUAAUAAGGAGCGGGCUGGGCUGUCCAUCAAUCAGCGACCUGGAGCUUCUCCGUCAGCCGAAAGCCAUCGUAUGCAGCUACAACUAGGUUGCAUGACGAGCCAACAAUGGCACCCAAUCCGUUCCUUGCCUGUACAUUCAGGAUAUCUUGCUUUGGGUAGCCAAGAGUCAGAAAGCAAAAUAGCUUCUGCAUCCUUGUCGAAUGCCUCCGAAGAAAACCACAGACAGAGCCCACGCCCAUGGUGGAGCACUCUAAAAGAAACUAUAGAACGCGGAAGAGUGGUCCAAGACCUGUGCAAUCGGAGUAUACAGACCACCCCUGCUAGAGCCUCAGGCACGCCGACUUGAAUUUAUCGUUUCGCGUUGAUCUUUCGUAACAUGCCUUGCCAGUCAUCUCUGCUAACCCAACGCGUCUCCUUUCUUUGAUUCUUCCAAAUUUGC